AACAAUCAAAUCAAAUCGACCGAAAAUAUGGGCAACAUUUUCCUGCUUCUGUUUGGAUUGCAUUUGGUUUACCUGGACGGUGCCAACGCCUCCUGGGGUUCGCCAGACAGCAACCAGUACCACAUACAGACAGAUGAAGGUCCCGAGCGGUACUUCCGCUACCAGACGGAUAACGGUCAAUUUCGUAAGGAGAAACGGUUACAGGAUGGUACGGUGAUCGGAACAGACGCAUGGAUUGAUGCCUCCGGCUAUUUGCGACAGAACGACUACAUCGCCGAUCACAAGGGUUAUCGGAUCUUAAAGUCGAAAACGGUCUACGUUGGACGAGAUCGCCCGAUACAGGACGCUAUUAAGGUGGCUAAAAACAAACCAGCCGACUCCGGUGUCUUGGUACCGUCGGAUCCUUCCUAUGAGCCACCUUCGCCAACAUCUCCACCACCGCAACACCGAAACCAACCUUCAAUCCAAUCAAUCGCCGUUAUUCCUUCCACUCCAGCUCCGAUUUCCGUACACUCCACUCCAUCCCUGAACGCCGUCUUCAUUCGGCCACACUCACAACCGAUCGGUUCUAGCUACCAUUCGUCGUCCCCAUCAGUACCGGACCAAAAGUAUCUACCCGGUGUAGGUUCUAGCUCACCACCGCACGGACACUAUCCAUCCGUAUCGGCAAGACCACCUCCGCUAGAUAUCUACGUUCCCUCCACUACCUAUACGCCACUGAUCGGAAACGAACUCUCCUCCACACCGAUUGCCGUGUACGCUCCAUCCUCAACACCAUCUCCAUUGGGGGAUCGUUCCGAAGCUCAUCUGCCGCCACUGGUGAUCUACAACAGUAACCCUGCGGUUGCGGUUGAUCCCAACGGAUACAUUACACCCACCACCUACACUCCACCACAUCGUCGAAGACGACCCCAUCCGGCGGAACGAAGACGUCGCCCAUCCAGCGAACCGAUCCUGAUAACAUCCUCUCGUCCGUACGUCGAAAGUUCUACGCCGGCGUCAGUUAACCUUAAGCCUCUGCUGCAACUGCAGUCACUCGAUAACGGCAACAGUCUUAUUGAGGCCGAAUUUAACCGGGAUCUGAUUGAUCCACCGGCACAGUACGAUCACACGCGACGGUACUACGAUGAGCAGGGGCAAGAGUUGCCCGUCAGGCGUGCCGGCGAGUCGCAUCCAUACGAUGGUGUUGCCGUCACGAACGAUGGAUUCCGGUACUAUCUGCCGAGGCAGUACCACGAGGAGCGCAACUCGGGCAGUGACACGCGGGAUGGAUCGUUCGGAUAUAUCGAUCCGUUCGGAAUACGGCGCGUCGUGUACUACAACACCGGACCCAACAAGGGGUUCGUGCAUCGAAAGAACAACCGAUUCGUAGGGUUCGAUGCGACACCGUACGAUCCAAGGCCGGUUUAGAGUAGAAAUAUCGAAUCUUCCUGAAUUUCAUCCAUCCACUUCCCGCUAGUAGAGUCUCCUAAUUAUUUAUUUCCCAUUUAACACCUCACCCAUAACUGCAUAACUACUAAAGAGAGGGUCAUCUCAGUGCCCUCUUCAUUGACCAUGGCAGCCUAACAUUGAUUUCAUAGCCACGCAGAGCACAACUCCUCGGACAGGAAUAGUAUUGCCCGAGCGUGGUAGAUGACGAAGACAAACCAACUCACUUUGUGAUGAGAUGCAAACGAAGUCUCUCU